UAUUUAAAACUGAUUAAUUCAUUGUGGAUAUACCUCGCUGUCAAUCAACCAACGAAGUUCCGGUUAAAAUGAUAAUUUUUUAGUAAAUAGUCUUGAUAUUAAUCUAUUAUAUUAUAUUGUAAAUAUAAAUAUACCACGUUUCAUUUUUGUAAUACAUACCACGUUUCAAUUUUUCUUAUUUUAAAUAUUGUAUAAGUUACUCGAAGGAAUAUAAAGACUUUUACAUCCACCCUUAGAAAAAUCAUUCAUGUUUUUAUAAAUGCAAGCAGUGAUUUAUAACAAAAAUAGACAAUAUGACAACAAAAAAAAUUUGUGGUAUCGGGGCUGGUUAUGUAGGUGGACCAACGUGUAGUGUUAUUGCAUUAAAAUGUCCCGAAAUUCAAGUUACUGUCGUUGAUAAAAGUAAAGAUAGAAUAGCACAAUGGAAUUCGGAUAAAUUACCAAUUUAUGAACCCGGUUUAGAUGAAGUGGUAAAAAAUUGUCGUGGUCGAAAUUUAUUUUUUUCAACUGACAUUGAAACUGCAAUUAAAGAAGCUGAUAUUAUUUUUAUUUCCGUUAAUACACCAACAAAAACAUUUGGCAUUGGUAAAGGAAGAGCAGCCGAUUUAAAAUAUGUUGAAAGUGCUGCAAGAAUGAUUGCUGAAAUUGCAACAGAUCAUAAAAUUGUUGUGGAAAAAAGUACUGUUCCUGUACGUGCUGCUGAAAGUAUUAUGAAAAUAUUACGUGCCAAUCAUAAACCAGGCGUUUCAUAUCAGAUACUUUCUAAUCCAGAAUUUUUAGCUGAAGGAACUGCUAUUAAUGAUUUAAUUAAUGCCGAUCGAGUAUUAAUUGGAGGUGAAGAUUCUGUUGAGGGUAAAGCAGCAAUUGAGAAAUUAAGCAAAGUUUACGAGCAUUGGCUACCGCGAAAAAAUAUUAUAACGAUGAACACUUGGAGUUCUGAACUUUCAAAAUUGGCUGCAAAUGCAUUUUUAGCACAACGAAUUUCCAGUAUUAAUUCAUUAUCAGCAGUAUGUGAAGCUACUGGCGCUGAUGUUUCAGAAGUGGCACGUGCUGUUGGUCUUGAUUCACGAAUAGGUUCAAAAUUUUUACAAGCCUCAGUUGGCUUUGGUGGUUCAUGCUUCCAAAAAGAUAUUCUCAAUUUAGUUUAUAUUUGUGAAUGUUUAAAUUUACCUGAAGUUGCGGCCUAUUGGCAGCAAGUUAUUGACAUGAAUGAAUAUCAAAAAUUGAGAUUUUCCGCUAAAAUCAUUGAAUCUCUAUUUAAUACAGUUACGGAUAAGGAAAUUGCACUCUUAGGUUUCGCAUUUAAAAAAAAUACUGGUGAUACUCGUGAAUCUGCGGCAAUUCAUGUGGCAAAGGCACUAUUGGAUGAAGGUGCAAAAUUGCACAUAUACGAUCCAAAGGUUGAAGAGGCGCAAAUAAUAGAAGACUUAACUCAUCCAUAUAUAACAGUUGAACCAGAAUUGGUGAAACAAAAAAUCAGUAUUUACAAUAAUGCUUAUGAAGCAACGAAAAAUGUACACGCAAUAGUUGUAUGCACAGAAUGGGAUGAAUUUUUGGAAUUAGAUUAUAAACGAAUAUACUCAAAUAUGAUGAAACCAGCACAUAUUUUUGAUGGACGAAAGAUUUUAAAUCAUGAUGAAUUACAAAAAAUUGGAUUUAUUGUACAGACUAUUGGCAAAAAAGUAAUGAGAACUGAAAAAUCGAGAAUCUGGGGCAGUCAAACGCAAAUAUGACUUUAAAUUAGAAAAAUAGAAUUUAAAAAAAAACAACAAUUUAUUGCUCAGAUUUUUAUCUGUAUAAAUUAGGAUAAGUUUUUUUUUAAAAAAAAGACUUUUUAAAAGUAUUUUUAGUUUUAUAAAAUAUGAGAUUAAAUAUAUUUUAUUUUAAAAAUG